AUGUGUCAAACAUAUGGGACUAAAGAACUUUCUCAGUUUUCUAAGGAGGGUGACAUCAACAUUGGUGGCAUUUUCUCCUUUCAUCAGAACCCAGUCAGGGUCAAUCCUGCUCUCCAAGUCAACCCAGGAACAAUCCAGUGUGAAGGACUGGACCCAGGUGAGCUUCAGUAUGCAUACACUAUGAUGUUUGCAAUAGAGGAGAUCAACAACAGCUCAGAGCUGCUGCCGGGAGUGACAUUGGGUUACAGGAUAUUUGAUUCAUGUCCAAGUAUCCCUUUGUCCAUCAGGGCAUCACUUAACCUGAUGAAUAGGUAUGAGAGCAAGGAAGGCAGCUGUAGCACACUCUCCAACGUGCAUGCUGUCAUAGGGGAAACCACUUCCACCUCGACGAUAGGUAUUGCUCGCACCAUGGGACCGUUUCAUAUUCCUGUGAUCAGUCAUUCAGCCACUUGUGCAUGUCUUAGCAACAGGAGAGACUACCCCUCUUUCUUCAGAACCAUACCCAGUGACAUCUACCAGAGCCAAGCCUUAGCAAAACUUGUGAAACACUUUGGCUGGACCUGGGUUGGGGCUAUCAGAACUAAUAGUGACUAUGGGAAUGAUGGGAUGGCCUCUUUUUUGGAAGCAGCAGAGAAGGAGGGAGUGUGUGUUGAGUACUCUUUGGCUAUUUACAGAACUGAUCCCAGAAAGUGGUUCUUAGAGGUGGUGGACAUUAUAAAGACAUCCACCUCUAAGGUAAUAGUUGCAUUUGCUGAUGGCACAGACCUUGACAUACUCAUUAAGGAGCUUCAUGCUCAGAAUGUGACAGGCCUGCAGUGGGUGGGCAGUGAGGGCUGGAUCACUUAUCGCUACAUUGCCUCUGCGGUGAACUAUGCAGUGGUGCAAGGGGCAGUGGGCUUUGCAGCCUUAAAUGCUCACAUCCCUGGACUGCAGAACUUCUUAGCUAACAGCAGGCCAUCCACCACACCCAGAGACCAGGGACUGGUGGAGUUGUGGGAGACAGUGUUCGGCUGCACCUUGACUUCCAGCGCAGAGACUGGAGCUCAGAGUUCAGUUGCAGCUUGCAGGGGGAAUGAGUCUCUGUGGGAUACAAACACACGUUUCACAGAUGUUUCAGAUGCCAGCCUGCUGAAUAAUGUUUACAAGGCAACAUACGCUGUUGCUCAUGCAUUGCACAUGUUAUUUACGUGCAAAGAUGGACAGGGGCCUUUUGAAAACAAUACUUGUGCUGACAGGGCAAAUGUGCAACCAUGGAAGGUUUUGCAUUACCUAACGAAGGUCAAUUUUACAACCAAAAUUGGGGAAAAUGUGUUCUUUGAUGAGUUGGGGGACCCAGUGGCACGUUAUGCACUGGUGAACUGGCAGAUGGAUGAGACAGGUUACAUACUCUUUGAGACCAUUGGUUACUAUGAUGCCUCCAGGCCUGAAGGUCAACAGUUUGAGAUGAAAGCAGGUGUGAGUGCCAUCUGGGCAGGCGAGAAUCUUGAGGUGCCGAGGUCUGUUUGCAGUGAGAGCUGUCUUCCAGGGACCCGUCGGGCUUUUGUCAAGGGCAAGCCUAUCUGCUGUUUUGAUUGCAUCACCUGUGCUGAUGGGGAGUUCAGCAACAGUACAAAUGCAGUGAAAUGUGACAAAUGCCCUCCCGAGUACAAGUCCAAUGAAGAGAGGAAUCACUGUGACUUGAAAGCUAUUGAGUUCCUCACCUUCAGGGAACUGAUGGGUAUACUAUUAGUCACUUUUUCUGUCUUUGGGGCCUGCCUGGCAAUGACAAUGGCCCUGAUAUUUUUCCACUAUAGGCAGACUCCAAUUGUCAGGGCCAACAACUCUGAGCUGAGCUUCCUGCUGCUCUUCUCCUUGACUCUGUGCUUCCUGUGUUCUCUGACCUUCAUCGGCCGGCCCUCUGAGUGGUCCUGCAUGCUGCGGCACACAGCAUUCGGCAUCACAUUUGUCCUCUGUAUCUCAUGUGUUCUAGGGAAAACUAUAGUUGUAUUGAUGGCCUUCAAGGCAACACUUCCAGGCACUAAUAUGAUGAAAUGGUUUGGGCCUGCACAGCAGAGACUCAGUGUUCUGGCUUUUACUCUAAUACAGGUUUUAAUUUGCAUACUUUGGCUGACAAUCAAUCCUCCCUUUCCCUUCAAAAAUAUGAAACACUAUAAGGACAAGAUUAUCCUUGAGUGCGCCCUUGGAUCACCUGUAGGGUUCUGGGCUGUGUUAGGAUACAUAGGACUUCUUGCUAUCCUGUGUUUUGUUCUGGCGUUUCUGGCUCGAAAGCUGCCUGAUAAUUUCAAUGAAGCUAAAUUCAUCACCUUCAGCAUGCUGAUAUUCUGUGCAGUCUGGAUCACUUUUAUCCCAGCGUAUGCCAGCUCUCCUGGAAAGUUCACUGUGGCUGUGGAGAUAUUUGCCAUUCUUGCUUCUAGUUAUGGAAUGCUGUUUUGUAUUUUUUUGCCCAAGUGCUACAUCAUCUUGUUAAAGCCUGAGAACAAUACCAGGAAACAUUUGAUGAGUAAAGUGAGGCCAAAAUUCCUUUGA